AUGUUCUAGAAAAAACCAUAUACCUUUAGAGUGUUCUCAUUUUAGUAUCGAACAUCUAAAUUACUACACAUGAUUCAAAAAUUUAAUCUUUAAAUAAUAUUAGUCUUAUAGUUGUAUAUUGAGAGAGCUCUACACUUCAAAUUCAAUUAAUUUAAGGUCAUAAAAAAUGGAAGAGUUCUUGAAUAUAUUCAGAAUACAUUUUACUCCAAUCUAAGAGACUUGGUCUGGAUGAAUAGAAUAUAACAUUAGGUGAUCUUAUGA